UGUACUGGGAGUGUGCCUUCCGCACGAUGUCAACAAUGUGUAAAAUGUGUUUUACUACAGCUUGGAUUUAGCUUUCUUCAGUAUAUGUGGUUGCAGUUUUUUGUUGCUCUAUAACAGUGAUACAUAUUAUAACAUUUUUAAAAGGCAAUUAGCUAAAGAAAAAGGUCGCGAGUAUCUGAAGACUGAAGCCUGAAGGCUCAACAAAAAUAUAAGUUACUAGUAGUACUAUACGGAUGUGCAUGUACCGAUACAUGUAGUCAUACUACUACCGCUAGGUCCUUAAAGCCCACUAUGUUUCCAGAGCCAGACGUUAUCACAGUGACGGUAUACAUUCUUUCCAUACUGCUGGGACUGGUUUUGUACCGGUUUAUGGUAUGGUAUAUGCAGAUCCUGGUCAAGGUUGCUUUUAUUGACCAAUUCCCUGGACCUCCUAAACAUUGGUUGUGGGGCAAUUUGCAUCAGCAUCCAGGCAUGAAUGAUGCCUGUUUGAAGUGGAUACUGCAGCUGACAGAACAACACAAGACUGCCUUUCGUUAUUGGUUUGGCCCCUUUAAAGCGUGUGUGGCUGUGGUCCACCCAGACACUGUCAAAGUAAUACUGAACACCACCGAGCCCAAGACUUCCUUGGGAGGAUAUAACCUUAUGCAGGACUGGCUAGGAAAUGGCCUCCUGCUUAGUAAAGGAGAACUGUGGCAUCGUAAUCGCAAGUUGAUUUCUCCUGGUUUUCACUUUGAUGUACUUAAGCCAUAUGUUAACAUUUACAACAGAACAGUAGAAGUUUUUAUGGGGAAAAUGUCAGCAGCUGCCAGUCUAGGUACCAGUUUUGAAGUGUCGUCACCUUUAGGACUGUGCACCCUGGACACCAUGUUACAGUGUGCUUUUUCUGUUCAAGAAAAAAUUCAGGAGCAAGGUGACUCUCAUCCUUUCAGUAAAGCCACUGCUAUGUUAUGCAGACUAGUAUUAGAUAGAGCAUUGAAACCUUACCUGUUCAAUGAUUUUAUCUAUUCACUAACCAAAAAAGGAAGAGAGUGGAAAAGAAACUGUCAGUUUGUCCAUAAGUUUGCAGACCAUGUGAUCCAGGAGAGAAAACAGUUAUUGAAGCAAGAUUCCAGUAUUUUAAGCAAUAAAAAGCAUCUAGAUCUCCUGGACAUAUUACUUGGUGCCAGAGAUGAGAAUGGUGAAGGGAUGACUGACAAGGAGAUUAGGGAUGAAGCAAGCACAUUCCUUUUUGCAGGUCAUGAUACCAGUUCUAAUGCCAUUUCUUGGACGUUGUAUUCUCUGGCCAAACACCCUGUGUAUCAAGAUAAAAUCAGAGAUGAAGUUGAUGAAAUACUUCAUGGGAGAACAAAGGAUGAUAUAUUGUGGCAGGACCUGCCAAAGCUGGAAUACCUCACACUAGUACUAAAGGAAUCUCUACGCAUGCAUAGCCCUGCAGUGAACAUAGCCAGAGAGACUACCCAGGAGUGGGAGAUAGAUGGACUGAAGGUCCCCCCAGGGAUUUGUAUUGACAUCUGGCCAUGGGCAGUCCACCAUAACCCACAUGUAUGGGAUAAUCAUAUGGAAUUCCAACCUGAAAGAUUUUUACCUGAAAAUAUGGAACACAUGGACCCCUUUGCAUACAUUCCAUUUUCUGCAGGUCCAAGGAAUUGCAUUGGGAAGCACUUUGCUAUGAAUGAACUAAAAGUAAUGGUGGCAAGAAUAAUACACAGAUUUCAUUUGGAGUUGGACCCAGACCAUGACUACACUUACCAACCAGAUGCUGUCUUGAGAGCAAAGCAUGGCAUUAAACUGUUUGUGAAAGAGAGGAAAACAUAGUGAGUCUUCUUUUUGGUGCUGAUUGACCAUUGUGAUUUAUCAAGUACUAUCCGUCAAGGACAAUGGUAUGUUCUCGUCUACAUAUUACAUAAAAAAGAAAGAUUAAAGGCACUGACUGGUGGAUGUAUGUUUACAGACAGAUAUUGACCUACACAGGAAUACUAUUUAUUACUUUCCUGACCAGUGUAAACUCCUAAUCAUAAUGAUGAAAAAGAGUGUUAAACAGAAGCAGGCUGGCAGUUGGCAAUAUUUGUUGCAAGAAACUAUUUGUGUUUUGGUACAUAAAUAAUAAGUAAAUAACAUGUAAAUUUCCCAAAGAAUUGGGAAAGGUGGU